CACAAUAUCCUAUGACGUUUUUCACAUCGUAUGACGUCAUACACAUCUGGCUGUCACUUGAGGAAGUGUCAUACUUUAAAAAUAAACAAAAGUCUUCACAGUGUUUGUUUUCACAUUUUGAAAAGAAAUAUGUUUUCCGGCGGUGGAAAUAUGGAGAAACAUUUAUUCAACCUGAAGUUCGCAGCAAAAGACUUGGAGAGAAAUGCAAAGAAAUGUGAAAAAUCAGAAAAAGAAGAAAAAGUUAAGCUGAAAAAGGCAAUUCAAAAAGGAAAUAUGGAAGGUGCUAAAAUUCAUGCAGAGAAUUCGAUACGACAAAAGAAUCAGUCUUUGAACUAUCGCAGAAUGAGUGCACGAAUAGAUGCUGUAUCUGCAAGAGUACAAACAGCGCUUACUACUCAAAAGGUGACAGGAUCAAUGGCAGGUGUUGUGAAAUCCAUGGAAUCUGCAAUGAAAUCUAUGAACUUAGAAAAGGUAUCCCAGUUGAUGGAUCGUUUUGAGACACAGUUUGAGAAUCUGGAUGUACAGUCACAAGUGAUGGAGAACACUAUGUGUAAUUCAUCAACGUUAACUACUCCACAGGGACAGGUAGACAGCCUAAUGCAGGAGGUAGCUGAUGAAGCAGGAUUGGAAUUAAACCUCGAUUUACCAUCAGCCCAAUCUUCGGCAGUUGGCCAGUCUACAGCGGCGUCUGCUUCAGGAGAACAGGACGAGCUUUCACAAAGAUUAGCGAAAUUACGACAGAUGUAGAGGUGAUACUUACAUGAUAAAAACAGUGUAUACACAAACAACAUAAACAUUAGAACAAAAUGUUGGAAAACAGCAUGUAUUUUACUGUGACAGCUUUAAAAUGAAAGAGUAUCUGUUCACAUCAAAGAGGAAACUUGAACAUUUAUUGGAAGACUGUAAAGCACUGUAACCUGUUGAUCAGGGACAGUUUCUAUGAACUGUUGUGACAGGUAUCCAAGCCUGAUUACUUUCUUACCGGUAGAUGCUUUUCUAUUUCUUUGUUUAGUAUGAUGUAUCAGUGAUGAAUCAGUAAAUGAAUAUAAAAAAAAAAUCAUCUUUGUCAGAUCUCAACCAGUCAUACUUUUCAGUUGUUUUGACCUUAGAAUUUACUUGUUUUUUUAUUUAAUUGAGAGUGGUUAUAGCUAGGGGAUAAAUCCUUGAUUUUAGGUCUAAUAUAGACAAGGUAGACAAAACAACUGCAUUUUACACAAUUAUAUUUUAUGCCUUGCAGCUAAGUUUUAAAAGGGUCUUUGAGAGUCUGUGGGACCAGAAGUUCUAUUUAUAGCAAUUUUCAAUUGGCCAUGAUGAAAUAUUAAAACAGUUUAAUUAAAUGCCAGUAAUUGUUAAAUUUUGUCAAAAUUGCACAACCAGCUGAAUUACAUGUAUGUAUCUCUUAAUAUGAAAAAAGAAAAUUGUCACCCACUGUUGACGUAGUAUUAUAAUGUUUGAACUAUCCAUGAGUCUUUCUGCACACACAGGAAUGUACAUUGUAGUUAAUUUGCUUUCAAAGCAGUAGGUAACAGUUGAUUCUAUUCAUUCAGUUGACUUCAUUGGUUAGAAUCUUUAACAAGGCUAAAAUGAACAAAAGAAAUAUCAAAAGGGUGGCCACAUAACCACAAUCCCAUAAGGAUGUCCAUCCGUACAUCACACAUUUUUGUGUACUAAGCUACUACAGUUUUCAUCCAGUUCAAAUGAAACUUUGUAUACAUCAUAAACUUUAAGUUGACAUGAUGUUCAUGUUAUUUUGACUAUCAUAUUACUUUUUCUGGAGUUCUGGCCCUUCUUGAUUUUUGAAAUAUUACAUCUACAUUGUGUAUGUAACUCUGCCUGUAGUUUCCAUAGAAUUGAAAUGAUACUUGGUAAACAUCAGCAAGUUGACAUGCUCAUUUUAUUUUCAGUGUUGUGAGGUUUGCCCAAUUUUAAGACUAUAAAGUUAUUCCAUCAACCUAUUUAAGGACAUGUAAUACAGAGUUGACAUCAUUCUUGUAUAAAGUUAAGCUAUUCAUAGCUUUUCGAGAUAACUGCCAACACAAAAAUAUCUGAAAAAGACAAUUUGUACAGAUAUUUUUCAAAUAAAGAUAUAUUUGUUCUAUGUUAAUAUGUUUUAUAUGUAUUUUUCUUCUUGUAUGAAAUUGGUUCAGCUGAUUCCAGCAAGUGUUGGACAAACAAAAUUCUUUCUGUGUCUUUAAAAAAGUCAAUAAAUUGUUAAAACUGAUUAAAACAGCUUUGUUGUCUAGAUAUUGUUUAAAAGUUUAGACACACCCUGUGAUGAUAAAAAUUUGCAUCAGAAACUGACAAAUGCUGUUACUUCUGUCACGGUAGAUGGUUGAGAUAGUAGCAAGGAUAAAUUAAAAAUUAUACACAUUUACAUAACUUCUGACUUGCCAGAUGUUGGCUAGGCCACUACCGGAGUUACUGUGUGGUGAACUGUUUUAUACAGUAUAAACAGUGUUUUGGGCUCCUCUGUGCUUUAAGAGUGCCCAUUUCAGCAUAUGGAGCAUGUUUAUAACUUGAAUAAAAAUUAAAAUUUGUAGAAAAAUCCUCAAAAACAGUUUCAUGUGGUGAAUCUGACUGCUUUGCAUUAGAGACUUCAAGUUGAUUGACUUGGUGAGUUUAUAAAGACGCACACUGGAAAUGUACAGUCAUUUAAUAGACAUACACAACCAAAGGUAACCCAGUCUGAUGAGCAAGUUGUUGGUUUCUAAAGACUUGUAAUGUCCUUUUAAUGGCUGCACGUAGUUGAUAUUAUUCACUCAGCUGUUUUGUAGAAAAGAUUUUACAGAAACUGAACACUUGUAAUUCUCUAAUGGUUAUAGGAGCUUAUUAAAAACAGAAAGGCCAAAAUCUUUUUCAAUUUUAACAGUUUAGCAGAUGUACCAAAAUCUUUGGAAACCUGUUUCUUUCAUAAAUCAAAGGUUUUUAAAGCAUGUAAUGUCAUUUUUUGGACAUUGAUAACAAUUUUCUAUUAAACUUUUUACACAGCACACAUUUAUAGUUUUUAAUGAUUAAGAGUAUAAUAUAUUACAUUUCGUUGCUGUAGAUAUAACAGGGUUUUUGUUAUAUCACUUGAUAUUAUAAACCAGCUGUUAGUACUUUUCUUUUAAUAUUGAUAUUAUAUUGAUAAUUAGCAUAUCUUUUUAUGUUUAGGUGAAAAAAACAGUGCUCAUCAGUUUCACAACAUUUUUUUUCUAUUAAACAGUACAAACUUGAGUCUUUUAUUGUUAAUUUCUUAAUACUUUUGUUUAGAUGCCCUCCACACCCCCAGGUGAAGAUCGCAGUGAUGUUGAGCUGAAAAUGGUAUUCCAAUGAAUAACUGAAUAAUGCUUUGACCUAUAGUUGUCAGACCUCAAAGGAUGAUCGCUUGUGGUCAGAAGAUGACGCUUUUGCCAUGGGGAACAUUAGGUCAAUGGUUAAUAAUUCUGUGACCUUGAGACUGAAAACAGUUUUUUUACCUCUACAGUCCUCAGAUUUCAUAAGAAUGAUUGUCUGUGGUCAGCAAAUGAUCGCUUUUGUUGAGGGGGUCAGUAGGUAAAAGGUCUAUGUAACAGUAGCCUCGAGACUGAAAAUGGUUUAAGUAACUUAAGAACUUGAUGGUCUACUGUCUUCAAACUUCAUAGUAUGAUUGCCUUUGGUCAUCAGAUGAGUCCUAUGAUUUCGAGGGUCCAGACCAUAAUGACACUGAGAUUGAAAAUGGCUCCACUAAUAAAUAAAGAACGCCUUGGCCUGUAGUCUUCAAACUUCAAAGGGUGACUACCUGUUGUCAAUAGAUGACCCGCAUGUUUUGGACUUCAGUAGGUCAAUGGUCAAGCUUACUUGUUGUGUUUGGAUUUAGCGGGGCAACUGGUAGGGUCAUAGAGAUCUCUGGACUGAAAAUACGACAGGCUAUCAUGUGUGUGUGGGGGGCGGGGGGGGGGGGGGCAUGAAUGUUUCACAAACAGCUAUUUUCUACUAUUUUCUUACCCACUGGGCUUAAUUAAGUCUCUUAGCAUGUAUUGUAAAUAUGUAUUACCUGCUUCUGGUAUAUUUAGCAAUACAUGUAUCUAAGCUUUAAGAAAUAUGUUUAGUAUGUACUGUGCUAUAUAUAACAUCUUUUAGUAUGUAGAAUCAUUCUGCCUAUGUUCUUAUGUCUUAAAACUUGUUACAAUUUAGGUAUCAUAGCUUUAAUUAUUUACUUUUUCUUAUCCAUUGUAGAUUGUUUAAAUUGUUACAGGAUAAUCAUAUGUUGUCAGAAAAAAAAUCUUGUAUUAGUUAAUGUUUUACAUUGUUUGUUAAAUAAAGAUGGUAUUAUCUUA